ACCAAAAGGGCUCUUCACUGACUGGACCGUCACCACACGCCAUCUUAGCCGACACACCCUCACAGUGACUAGUUGCCUGGUCCGCAGCCAUAAGCAUCCAAUUCGACGCCACCCGCUUAUCGAGAGCUGUUGGUAGCUUUUCAGCUUCGAGUAUUAAUAGAGCUCUUCUCUCUCCUCCCGCAGCUGAGAAUCGACUUUCCGCGAAUAAUCCAGCUCUUCGCGACGGUGAUUCUUGUAUCAGCUAUUAGCAAUUCACAAGACAAGAAACACAUUCUACCUAAAAGCCAAGAAGAGGCUGUUUGCCGACAACACUCUGCCCAACAUGGCUCUCGGAAUGAUUACUAUCAUUCACAUCGUCCUGGCGAUCCUGGUUAUUAUUGAGCUUGGCCUCACAGGUUACCUUGUUGAUGCCACCUCUGGCUAUGGCUUCUCGUCGCCUGCUUCCUUUGCGUUUAUGCUCUUCAACUCUGUCUGGAGCUUCUUGAUUCUCGCCUGGCUAGCCCUUACGCCUCUCUACGCGGCUCGCUUCUACCAUGCCCUCGUUGCGUUUGUCCUGCUCGUCAUUACGACCAUCUUCUGGUUCUCGGGCUCGAUUGCCAUGGCCGCCUUCAUCGGCGUGCCAGAGUGCCACGGCAUCACUUUCUGCCAGUGCUCGCAGGCCGCUGUCGCUUUCGGCUUCUUCAUCUGGGCGGGCUUCUUGGGACUGACGGUUCUUGAGGGCUUGACCACCCUGAGGGGCCACGCGCGGGCUGACAAGACUACGCCCUCGAACGUUUGAUCUGGGAACGGGAGAUUAGACAAGAUGAGAAAGAGGAGCUGAGGAGGAAGGGUGGGUUGUGCAGGAACGAGCUUGAAGUGAUGUGAUGCGAUGCGACGACACGUUGAGACUUUGGAUUGGAACGAUGAUACCCUAUUACACCUUGUGCGGUUUCUUUUUUGUCUUCUUAAAACGCUUAUCAUAAGACGUCGGUGCUUUUU